AUGACCAAGAAGUCAACAACAACGCAUUUGCUUGUCCCUUUGCCCUCAACUACCCCAGAAUCGUCGAACAUUUGCUCUUCCAAGACCGCAAAUUCGAUACCAGCAUCCUAUUCUCAUCUGGCUACGUUGUCCUCAGCGAAUGGUCUCGCCGCAGCCUACGCCACUGCCCAUGACAAUCUACUCUUCAACAUUGUUCAAGUAGCGCAAGCAUGGUAUACGGGCCAAGUUGUGACUACAGCCGGCUGGUCAUACCACCUAAAUGGUCGUAUCUUUACAGACGGCGUGGGAAUUGCGGGGAAGCUGGUGUUGCACGAGAGGCAGGGUCUGAACUUGAAUCCUUCUGUCAUCCAAUUCCGUCUCGGCGGUGCCAAGGGCGUCCUGGCCAACUGGCCACAACUCGUCGGGGACGAAGAGAUCCGCCUCCGUCCCUCGCUUAUCAAAAUCACUGCCGACCUCGACGACUUGAAUGUCAUCCGCAUCGCCAAAAAUACCAAGUCGCCUUCCUGA